UCCUGGAAUUAUCUUAAAGAUAAAGUUUUUUUUCUUCCCUUCUAAUUUCUGGAAAGGGAGAACAUUUUGCAGUGAAAUUGAAUUUCGCAAAAUAAUUUUCUUCAAUGGUAGGAUUUUUAUAAUCGAAUUUAUUAUUCAUUUCUUUCUAGAUAAUUCUGACAAAUCUAAGUUUGGAGGCAAAAAUUUUCUCGGAAAAUUUCUGUUUUCAUUUUUACUCGAAUUUUUCAUUUUCUUUGUUGGAAUUUCAAAAAAUUCUAAUUUCUGCAUUUGCAAUUGCAAUUCCUCUCCUCGGAUUUCUUUAUCUGUAAAAUUGAUUGAAGGGAAUCAGUCCUGAGAUUUGAAGUUUGAAUUUGUUAGGAAUCAACAGCGUUGAGCAGCGAAAUGAGUUACAGACACCGCCAUCCAUUGGAGGCAUGCGGAGUUUCAUUCUUUGCCAUUGCGCAAAAAGCGUUUGCAAAAGCGCAAGAUCUGAACGGACCGUUUGGUUCGAUGAUGAAGAAGACCGCAAGAUUAGCCGCAGGAGUUUCUCCUCUUCUCUGCACCCUGCAAUACCAACUGUUAGCCGUGUUUGCCUUCGCCGAUUAUUAUAUCCUCGCCUUUGAAACCAAGGCCGAAACGAUUUUCCCGCCGUCCAAACACAUGUUCGACGAAAUCGACAAGCUCGUCAAAACCGUAGAAACACUACCAGAAAAUGUCGACAACGCCUUGAAAAAAUUCCCGGUGAUUACACAGCAAGUGCCAUUGUUAGAUUGGGUGUUGGUUCAUAUUAUCUCCUGGCUGAAUUUCUUGAUUUCCAUUCUAACACAUUGGGAUUCAAGUAGCACCAAGGAAAAAGAGAUAGUAGUUGAUAAAGGUUACAGCGAGCGCAAACAUGAUUCUGAACAUCCGAAGAAAGGCUCGUCGAUUCGGGUUCCAAAAGGUACGUACAAGGAAGUAUUAGAGAAGGGGACGAAAAGGAAGGGGAGAGGAGGAGGGGAUACCAUUGUGAGGAAUAGAGAUGCUAUGCUGGAAUGGUUUGAGUCAGGAUGGCUAAUGAAAUCGCCGAGCAAAGGCACAGAGAACAAGCUGUCGAGGUCGAUUUCGUAUACCUUUUAAAGAGAUGGAAAUGCAAGGCUGGGAAAGUAAUGAUAUUAAAAUUGAGGUGGAUGAGGUAGAUUUUCACAUUAUUUUCUUGACUUAGAACAAAUUAUUAUUAGAUAUGUAUGUUAAUCAUAUCAUAUACAUUCAUGGGAGAAACAAUAUGUGGAUAUAUUGGUGAUAUUAUUGUAAUCUUAUGUAUAGGUUCGGAAGAAAUUUAAAUUCUUUCU